UGACGAAUACACUGUGCAACGAGUAAUGAAGAAUAAAAGCACAUGUUGAAGUGUUCAGAGAAAAUAAACGGACAUGUUGAGACACUUUAUUCAAAUCACUGAACAAAUCAUGAUAUUCGGAGUGAACUAUCAGGAUAUUUUCUCUUUUUCAGACCAUUCUCUCGAAAAUGGUGAAAGUCGUUCACUAAAUGGAGAGUGUAAGCGGCUGUUUUUGUGAGUCGAAGUGAAACUGCUGUGGUCUGAUUUAUCUUCAAUUAAUGUGGUCUGACCUGUUGGUGGACAAACAGCUUCAACAUCAGUGUUUAUUAUCAGAUGAAUGAGGAAAUGGUUUUGAGAAUAAACUGUGACGAAGGUUCAGUCUUCAUUAGGAAGAUCACACACACACAGCAUCAGUGCAGUCGUGUUUCAGAUCAAUCUGAGUGUUUUUUCAGUGAACCGAUGAGCAAAAUGUUUCUCAAAUUAGCUUUGCUCUGUUUGUUGCGUCUGGUUGGAGCGUUUGCUGAUGAGUUUGUAAAGGAGGGAAAUUCAGCCUCUUUAAACUCUGAUCUCACUGAAAUAAAGGAUGAUGAUGUGAUUCAGUGGUGGUUUGAAAACACUUUAAUAGCAGAAAUCAAUAAACGGGCCGACAGAAUCGCUGUAUAUGAUGAUGUUCUUGAUGGGAGAUUCAGAGACAGACUGAAGCUGGACAAUCAAACUGCAUCUCUGACCAUCACAAACACCACAACUGAACAUACUGGGCGUUAUUAUCAACAGAUCAACCAUGUGAAAAGGAGUUUCUUUCUCAUUGUCUACGUCCUGGAGGUAGUGAUUAAGGGAGAAUCAGCCUUUCUAAACUCGGACACUGUAAUAAAGGAUGAUGAUGUGAUUCAGUGGAGAUUUGGAGAUGAAAACACUUUAAUAGCAGAAAUCAAUAAACGGUUCGACAGAUUCACUGUAUAUGAUGAUGUUCUUGAUGGGAGAUUCAGAGACAGACUGAAGCUGGACAAACAAACUGGAUCUCUGACCAUCACAAACACCACAACUGAACAUGCUGGAGGUUAUAGACUAGUGAUCAACAGUGAGUUCAAGAGUUUUGUUCUCGCCUCCAUUGAUGAAGUGAAGUUAUUGUCAGUGACAGAGGGAAAUUCAGUCUCUCUAAACUCUGAUCUCACUGAAAUAAAGGAUGAUGAUGAGAUUCAGUGGAGGUUUGGACACACUUCAAUAGCAGAAAUCUAUAAAUGGGCCGACAGAUUCACUGUAUAUGAUGAUGUUCUUGAUGGGAGAUUCAGAGACAGACUGAAGCUGGACAAACAAACUGGAUCUCUGACCAUCACACACAUCACAACUGAACAUGAUGGAGUUUAUAAUCUACAGAUCAACAGUGUUUUCAAGCCUUUUGCUCUCUUUGUCUUUCGACUGGAGUCAGUGAUGGAGGGAGAUUCAGUCUCUCUAAACUCUGGUCUCACUGAAAUAAAGGAUGAUGAUGUGAUUCAGUGGAGGUUUGGAAAGACUUUAAUAGCAGAAAUCAAUAAACUGGCCGACAGAUUCACUGUAUAUGAUGAUGUUCUUGAUGGGAGAUUCAGAGACAGACUGAAGCUGGACAAACAAACUGGAUCUCUGACCAUCACAAACACCACAACUGAUCAUGCUGGUGGUUAUGAACUACAGAUCAACAGUGAGAUCAAGAGAUUCAGUCUCGCCGUCAUUGAUGAAGUGAAGUUAGUGUCAGUGGAGGAGGGAGAUUCAGUCUCUCUAAACUCUAAUCUCACUGAAAUAAAGGAUGAUGAUGUGAUUCUGUGGUGGUUCGGAGUUGAAAACACAUUAAUAGCAGAAAUCGAUAAACGAGCCGACAGAUUCACUGUAUAUGAUGAUGUUCUUGAUGGGAGAUUCAGAGACAGAUUGAAGCUGGACAAACAAACUGGAUCUCUGACCAUCACACACACCACAACUGAAGAUGCUGGGGAUUAUAGACUACAGAUCAACAGUGUUUUCAAGCCUUUUGCUCUCUUAGUCUAUGGACUGAAGUUUGUGAAGGAGGGAGAUUCAGUCUCUCUAAACUCUGACACUGAAAUAAAGGAUGAUGAUGUGAUUCUGUGGUGGUUUGGAAACACUUUAAUAGCAGAAAUCUAUAAACGGGUCGACAGAUUCACUGUAUAUGAUGAUGUUCUUGAUGGGAGAUUCAGAGACAGACUGAAGCUGGACAAUCAAACUGGAUCUCUGACCAUCACACACACCACAACUGAACAUGAAGGAAAUUAUCUACUACAGAUCAACAGUGUUUUCAAGCCUUUUACUCUCUUUGUCUAUGUCCUGGAGUCAGUGAUGGAGGGAGAUUCAGUCUCUCUAAACUCUGACACUGAAAUAAAGGAUGAUGAUGUGAUUCAGUGGAGGUUUGGAGAUGAAGACGCUUUAAUAGCAGAAAUCAAUGUAACGGCCGACAGAUUCACUGUAUAUGAUGAUGUUCUUGAUGGGAGAUUCAGAGACAGACUGAAGCUGGACAAUCAAACUGGAUCUCUGACCAUCACAAACACCACAACUGAACAUGCUGGAGAAUAUAGACUACAGAUCAACAGUGAGAUCAAGACUUUCUUUCUCACUGUCAUUGAUGAAGUGAAGUCAGUGUCAGUGAUGAAGGGAGAUUCAGUCUCUCUAAACUCUGAUCUCACUGAAAUAAAGGAUGAUGAUGUGAUUCUGUGGAGGUUUGAAGAUGGAAAGACUUUAAUAGCAGAAAUCUAUAAACAAGCCGACAGAUUCACUGUAUAUGAUGAUGUUCUUGAUGGGAGAUUCAGAGACAGACUGAAGCUGGACAAUCAAACUGGAUCUCUGACCAUCACAAACACCAUAACUGGACAUGAUGGAGGUUAUAAUCUACUGACGUUUACAGGAGGAAGAUUCUCAUCAAAAGUAUUCAGAGUUUCUGUCUAUAACUCUGUCCACUGCUGUGGUCCUACUGAAGCUGUGAUCCGAUUGGUCCUCUCUGCUCUGGUGGGCGUGGCUACUGUCAUCAUUCUGGUUUGACAUCAGAUCCAGAAGAGCUAAACGAGAUCAAGCACAUAUUCACACAUCAGGUGCAUGAUUGAUGAUGUCAUUUCUCACAAACUGAUUUUGCAUAUAUAAAUGUAUGUCACAUAUAUUAAUGGCUUUAUAUGGUAAUCUUUUUCAGUAUCGAAAUCGCUGAACUUUAAAGGUUCUUCUGGUGUUUUUUUUUUCCAUAAUAAAUACUGAUGAUUAUUUGAGUUUGUGCUCUCUUUCAGUGUCAAAUUUUAACAAUGCCACUUCAUUGUUUAUAUUUCUCUCAGAUACAUAAAAAUAAUAAAGAGACAGAUCUCACUUUAAACUGCUGUAUAUUUUAUGUAUUUCUUUCCUUUAUCAAUAAAGUUUCUCACUCUGA